AUGAAUUCGUCACUCCCGCUGCCGGCGGCUUAUUCUGGUGCUCGUAUUGCUAUCCCCAGACAGCAGGUUAGUAUUGAGCGUCUUCCAACAAAGCGACAAAGCAACGAGCCACGCGAGUCGAUGAACUGCAAGUCCUGCCGGAAGCGAAAGAUCAAAUGCAACCGUAUGCGACCGUCGUGCGAAGCAUGCCAAGUCUUCCAAUGUCCAUGCAUUUAUGAUGCUGUCCCCAAGAAGCGUGGGCCGAAAACAGACGUGCUUGAAGCUUUGCUGAAACGGGUCGAUGGACUGGAGGCGAAGCUGAAGGAGAAGAAUACCGAGGGAGAAACGCCCAAAGUUGGGGAAUCUGUAACCGUGGAAGCUGAGGAAGAGGAGCAUACUGACGUUGCGGAGCCGGCCCCGAAGAGACUUGCAACCGAGGCAAGCAAAUCUUCUGAAGGAGAUGGUCUCAAGACAGUCACAGACCAUGAACCGACCGCUAGUGACAAUCCUGCCUCUCCUGUGGAAAGGGACGCCUAUCUUCACACCUACUUCGCACGAUUCCACGGCAAGCCAUAUUACAUCCUGGAUGAAGCAUCCGUCCGCCGUCGGAUACAGUUCAACCAGUUGCCGGAUAGCGUCGCGUUCGCUAUCUGGUCAGCGUUACUGCUCUUGGUUCUGGCAUUCAUGGCGUCUGGCCACAGCAAGAAGGCCUACAUGUUGAUGUCAUCGGCAAUCGGGAUGGCCAUGGCACUGGAGCUUCAUCGUGAAAUCGAUGCCCACGCGCACGUUACACCAGUCGAACGUGAGUUACGCCGGCGACUUUUCUGGACGUGCUACUUAUUGGAUCGCUACACGUCCUGCGGAUCGAAACGACCAUCUUUAAUCAGCGACAACUCGGUGGCUCUGCGGCUACCAUCGUGGUGUCCUAGCCAGUCAUCCCUGGCAGUCGACGGGGAGUUUUUUCAACAGGGCGCCAACCUCCAAUAUUACCAAGGCAGCGGAAAGAAGUCACAAGGUAGUACCGCAAUGCUCAUUGACGUCACGCGUAUCCUUGGCAUUACCAACAGAUAUUUAGCUGCUGGGGGUGUAAAAGGCGACUCUCACUUCCCCUGGCAUUCAUUAUCGACUCUGUCAAAAAUUCGUCAAGAGCUUGACUUUUGGGCAUCCGGCGCUGGCCCUGUGCUCUCCGGCCCUCAAGCACUCUUUCACCAAACAGAAGCGACAAUAGUGUUUUUGAGCAAGCUGAUAUAUCAUCUGAUACAUUGUCUAGUGUACAGACCGUUCCUCCCAAUCGACCUAGCAGAGCUGGCUGGCAGUGGGCAACACCAGUCAUGGCAGAUUGAGGCGACCAACAUGUGCUUUUUGCAUGCAAACGCCAUUGGUGAACUGAUAGACGCAGCGAGGCAUGCAGGUACUGUGGAAUGGCCAGCAAUUGCUGGCUAUUGUAUUUGUACUGCCGCAACAGUGCAUAUCCAUGGGGCUCACUACUCCAACCCCAGUGACUACGCGGGAGACGUGAACGUGUUUAGUGCAUCGUCGAACUUGUUUUCGCGGGAAAUGAAACAACUCAGCGAUCUCCACCUCUCAUGGGCCAAUAUUCAACACCAGAGCGAUACAUUGCAAGCGAUUUACAGUGCCCAUGGAGAGCUGGUCAAGGCUAUGGUAGCCAGCUCUGUGCAAUAUACUCUAGGGUUCCACCUUGAGGAUUUUUUUGACAGAUAUUCCAACAUUGGGGGCCCAGGAGGAAAAUCGUAUCGAUUCGACCCAGCACACCUAAGCAUGUCGGAUAUUGUCAUAGAUUAUCCCGCCGAUCAAUGCACCGAGUCACCGGUAGCCCGCGAAACUGAACGAUAUAGUCAUAAACGUAAAAAGACUCCAUCAACCAAGAAAGGGGAUGACGAAAGAACCAACACCGGGUAUGACCAGGUUGCAUCCUUGGGCCAACCGACGGGAGCAGGCAAUGUGCCAUACUCGAUACGUAUGACACAACCCCCGUCCCAUGUUUCUACUGGGCACAUGCAGCAACAAGUGUCCAGGCCACCAGAUGCACACAUAAAAUCGAGUGGCACUCCAUUCGAGGCAGGGCAAACCAUCCAUGGGUAUACUAUGCCGCCAGAUAACUCAGCAAACAAUUCUGGCCAGGGCAUGGUGCCUAUGGGCGGGACAAGAUUCAGCCCAGCGUACGGUUAUGCAAUGGGUUCCAAUGUCAUGAAUAGUCAGAACAAUGUGAACGAUGGCAAUACAGGUUUCGAUCCUAUGUUUGGAGCGCUACCGACGAACACAUUCAGCAGCCACGCUGGCUGGCAGGUUGAAGAUGGUCAGCAGCGCAACAAGAUGAAUAUUCCCACCAGUGGCGUGGCACCGAGUCCCGGAACGAAGAGUUCUGGUGGAAGCACCGGGACUGGACACAGCGAGGAAAAGGACCCCUUUCUCAGCCUAUUGGAACAGCUUGCAGAAGAUGAGCAACGCUUUCAUGGCGGGGGAGCCGACUUGGAUUUCUUCCUGACUGGCAACAACAUUGGUGCCUAG